CAUAGUUAAGCGUCUAGAUACGGCGGCUGGUAAAUCAGUAUCUCCUUUUAAUUUAGUUAGCUUGGUUGUCGUAGACUGUUUUUUAAGAACAGAGAACUAAUUCAAUCAUAUUACAAGAACAAGAUAGCGGUUGGGUGUUUUUAAGGCAGUUUGGCGAUUAGCUUGUGAAGUCUUUGCGUAAAAGAAAAGCUUUUUGUCCGUCAAGUUAAAGAGCUAAAGGUGAAUCAUUUUCAUAAUGAUGAAAUUCAACUUCAGACGGGAGAAAGACAAGGAGUUUAAGCACAUAGCUCAUGGUUUGAUCCCUGCCGCCUCCAUCGCUCCUAAAGCCGCCGUGCCUCGUACUCCUCCCCCACAAAGCCCAGACCCCUCACCUGAGAGACAUAGAUCGGCGUUGGCUGCAGCUAUCCUGUCUUCCUCGUUGACGGGACAGACGUGGGUCAUCCCGCCCGCUCGGCCAAGGUCUUUCUCUGAGACAGAUCGUUCAGAAACUUUCCUUUCUUAGCCAAACGGCAGCAGUGUGCUUUACUCAAGAGACAGAUGGUCGGAGGAUUCGGGUAGCCGGCCACACCUGUCAUCCCCUGACCACUCCGAGGGAGAGCUGGAAGACGACAAAGACGGAGCUGGUAACCAGGGUGAGGCGGACGAGCAUGUGUAUCAAACUCUGGACAGACGAGAGGAUCUUAGAGUGUCAGAAACAGUUCAUAACCUGCCUCUAGAGCCAGAGGCCGUUCUGUCUCUGGCCACUCACAUGUCGGGUAGAAGAGUGCCAUCUCCAGCAUGAGAAAGCAUGAAGAAGAACGACUGGAGUUGCACCAGUCAGGAAUCUUCUGGCAGAUCCUGUUGAUAUCUGAGCUUUGGAUAUUUUAAAGCAAACAUCCUUGACGUUUAUACCUCACCGAGGAAUCAAGUGGCCAGUCUCCAGAAGCCAGAAGGAGAGAAACUCUCAGAAAGAGCUCCGAAAACCCCAAGGAAGACUUGCGAUCUCUGCCACCCAUCCCAACCACUAACAGGCCUGGUGGUGCUAAAAUGCCAAAACAGAACGUCCACUCGUCUCCAGAAACCAACCGAGGAUACAGUGAGCUGCGGAAACAGAGGAAGACCAAGACGAUACACGAAGACAAGCAGCUGGAAAAGAGGCUGGAUCGCCUGGAGCGGGAGAUCAGUCAGAGCCACGCUUCCUCAAACCUCAGAUCCGCUGCAGCAGGCAGCCAGGCAGAGCUACAGAGCCUGAGACAACACGCGCAGGAGCUGGUGGACGAAAACGACGCCCUGAAACUGACCGUCCACCGUCUGAACGUGGAGCUGAGCCGCUACCAAGCUCGCUUCAGACCGCUGUCCAAACAAGAGAGCUCCAAAAUCAAAGGCAUACCGAGCACAGGUUCUCCCCCUCCAUGGCUGGUUGACAUGAAGUAUCUAUGCCCUUUGCUGCUGGCCUAUGAAGACAACAUGAAUGAGAAGGAAGCUCUUCUACAAACCGCUGAGGGGGAGGUGACCAACUUGCGAGCUAAGGUAGACGAUGUGAUGAAAGAAAACGAGAGGCUCCGUAAUGAGAUGGAUGUGGUCAACCUUAAGGACUGCCAGAUGAUUCAGCAGCAGGCGCUUCUGGUUUUGCAGGAGAACCAGGCUCUGAUUGGUCAGCUGGAGGCUCAGCAUGAAAAAGCCAAGGCCAACCACGGCAAACACCAAUCUGAAGUCUUGAAAAUGUCUAAGCAGCUUAUGAUGUUGGAGGAAGAGAAGGAGCGUCUGCAGGAGGACCUGGAAGGAAGCAGACGGGACUUACAGAAACGCACGAAGGAGGCUGAGCUGCUGCAGGCUCGCCUCAAGGAUGUCGUCACAUGGGAUGAGCACUGCAGCAUUGCAGGCAAACUCAGAAGACAGCUGGAGGAGCAGGAGAGAAGAAAUAAGAGCGAGAAGGAGCAGUUGCUUCUAAAAAUGUCCAGCCUGCAAGAGGAGAACAGGAGUCUGGCUCUGGACAAAGUCAGCCUGACUGCUGAUGUGAGGACGGUGAAGACUGAGCUGGAGCGCUGCAAACAAUCAAACAGGAAGGCAGAGGGGAGAAUGAGUACGCUGAGGAGACAAAAGGAAGAGCAUUUGCUGAAGGAGGAGAAGACUCGUCAUUACCUGGAGGCUGUCGUUUCUGUCGCAGAGCACAUUUCCAGGGAAAGAGACCAUCUAUUGCACACGGCAUCUGGACUCCAGCAGGAAAAGCAGGGAUUUGUCAGCAGGAUUCUGAAUGGCACGGUCCGCUUUGGCAAGCUUCAAGAGGAACUCAAAGUAUACCGGAGGCAGGCGUCAACCAGGCUGGCAGCGUUGGAGGAGGCUGCGGAGGGGAGGACGGCUUCUUACAAGAGGGAGAUCCUUCACCUGCAGAAGCUGCUGAGAGAAAGACAGGAGGCUGAGGAAAAACUGCUGCAGUCCAAACGGGACGUAGAGGAGGAGUUGGAGGUGGUGUGGCAGGCGGCAACACAGGAGAACCAGCAAAUGAGGGAGACGCUGUUGGACACGAAGCUGAGCGGGGCGCUGUCGGCCUGGGCGCUUUCCCCUGACUUCCCUGCUCAGACUUCAGAGGAGGCCAUCAAAUCCCCCCUGCUCCAGCAGACGCACGGGCUGGAUUUCUAUUGCUGAAGACCCAGAGACUAAAACUGGCGGCGUCUGAACAUCAGAGGAUGGUACUGGUAUCUGGGUCACGCUUUCUUUAGCUUUUUUUUUUUUUUUUUGUAAGGCGAAAGAGCAGACAAUCAAUAAAACUAGGACUAAAUUAAUCCUGCAGGCAAUCCGUUGGCCUGGGAACGCACUUUUCUGCACUUUUUAUUUUGACAUUUGACAUAGUAUUUUAAUAGUUUUUAACAUAUUUGUUUGUUUUUUUCUUUCAUAAAAUGUGCCAUGCACAACUGAGGGGGUGAGCUGAAGAGUAAAAUGGGAAGGUGAAACUUGACUGAAAUGUCCUGAAGUCAAAAGGCAGUGGUGCCAUCUACUGGACACGACGUGGCAAUGACUCUAUAGCAGGACAGUGACCAGGCUGUGUGGGUGUAAAUAAAUACACCCAUCAUCUGUACACUGAAUGAGGAGAAAUAAGAGCAAUAAUGUUAAACUCAUUGAAAUUUCAAUUUACUUGAAGAAGAUUAAAAAUGUAUAUGUCAAGUGAGUUUUCUCUAAUAGAUAUAAAGAACAUAUUUUAGACAUAUUUAAGAAUGUUUAUAUAUUUGUACGUCCUAGACCUGUAAUUUUUAAGCCCGACUUUUAUGAUUGUAAAUAAUAAACCAACAAUUCACAUCUGGGAGCCAAA